UCUCUGAGACUCAUAGCACACUGGAACAUUCUUUUCUGUUCUUGUCCCUCUGAAGGGAAUCUCUAAUGCUCCAUGGAAGUUGGGAACACAACCAGAGUCACUGUGUUUGUUCUCCGAGGACUAUCCAACAACCCUCAGAUCCAGGCAGUACUGUUUGUAACAUUCCUGGUGAUUUACCUCCUGACCCUCACAGGGAACCUGCUGAUGCUGCUGGUGAUCAGGACUGACUCCCACCUCCACACCCCCAUGUACUUCUUCCUCAGUCACCUCUCCUGCCUGGAUGCUUUCUAUUCCUCAGUCAUUGUGCCUAAGCUGCUAGAGAACCUGCUUUCCAAGUGGAAGACUAUAUCCUUCCUUGAAUGUUUCACCCAGAUCUCUUUGGUCAUAUUUUCUGGGGCCACUGAAGCUUGCCUCCUUUCAGUCAUGGCCUAUGACCGGUACCAGGCUGUGUGCCGCCCGCUGAUGUAUGUGGUAACUAUGAACAAGAAGGUGUGUGCUGGCCUGGCGGGAGCCUCCUGGGCCAUAGGAAUGGGGACUGGCCUGCUUAACACCAUCCUCCUGGCUCAGCAGGAUUUCUGUGGCCCCAACCUCAUCCGCAGUUUUGCCUGCGAGUUUCCUCCAGUGCUCCUGUUGGCCUGUUCUAACCCCUACAUUAGCGUUGCCUCCAUCCUGACCACCAUGGUGGUCCUGGGCCUUGGCACCCUUGUCCUACUCCUGGGAUCCUACACCCAUAUCAUCAUGACAGCCUUGGGGAUCAACUCUGCCUCAGGUCAGAAUAAGAUCUUUUCUACCUGCUCAUCUCAUUUUCUUGUGGUCACCAUUUUUUAUGGCUCAGGAGUUUUCAGGUACAUGACUCCAGCUUCUGGCUCAGCCCUGGAGCAAGUUCUAUCUGUGCAGUACAGUGUGGUGACCCCACUACUGAACCCCCUUAUCUACAGUCUGAAGAACCAGGAGGUGAAGGCGGCUCUUAGGAGGAUGCUGGCCAGGAAGCCCAGGCUCACCUUCUAA